UUUAUCCCAAAAACAAUAAAAAUACUAACGUAUAUACGAGUAAAAAUACAAUUUGACAAAGAGAAAAGUAAUUAUUUUUGAAAAAAGAAAAAAAAAAAAAAAAAAAAAAAGAAGAAGAUGAAGAAUAAGAAGCAGCUCAAAGCAUUGUAAAACCCUAAGUCCAAACUAUUACCACCAGCGCCGAUUCUGUGUACGCUUCCGAUUUCUCUGCUUCUUGCAUAUCGUUACCGAUUUAUCUGCUUUCGUUGCCUGAUAAUUUCGUAGAAGAGAGAACGAGCACUUGCUAAUCAUGGACGAAGCAGGUAGGAUGAGGAGGCAUGAUGAAACCAUGACACUCAUAAAGAAUUACCUUGAGCAACACGGAAUGUCCAGCACGGUUCAAGCUCUGGAUAUUGAGAGGGGAAAGCUACCCAAUCUUGCAACUUUUACAUCCUUGCUACUUGGUGGUAACUUUGAAGACGCUGUGACUUAUUUUUGCCAAUUUCAGAAUGAAGUUUCUCUAGCCUCCUGCCACAUCUUCUAUUUCAUCUGGCGGCAAUUGUUUUCGGAGCUUCUUUCUAAGAAUAACAUAAUUCAAGCCAAAACAGUUUUUUUCCAUCGCAUGUAUCCCAUUUCACUAGCAGAUCCUUCUUUGGUAAAAGAUUAUGACGAACUGAAGAUUCAUUUUGAGAACAACACAAUACCUACUGUUGAUGUAGAGAAUCAAAGGGAAAGAGUGGUUCAGUAUGUGAAGAGCCUAAUCGAACAAGACCUAAAUGUUAGGUCCAUGUUCUAUCCAACAGUCAUUGAGGGACAAAGUAGACUACAAACCCUCUUAGAACAGAGCGUGAACUGGCAACAUAGAGAUUGCGUUCAUAGCCCCUUGUUUGCUUCUUUGCUCAAUGAUCACCACUGUACUCCCCAACCCCUUCAUCAGAAUCAUCAAACUCUAGCCACCAACAAUUUGGAUAUGCAGGCAUCAUCAUCAGGAUUAGGAAACUAUGACCCGAUGUUACUUGAGUUCAAUGGCCAACCCCAACACUCAGCUGGUUCCCAUUACUCACCGUCAUUAUAUUUGACUAUUGAAGAUGAUACAGUCAUGCCUGGAUGGACUAUUAACUCAGAUCAGUCAGCGGGUUUUUCAAACGACAUUCCAUCUGUUGUUACUGUUCCGCCGACCUUUUCUCUGUCCGAUAGCGUUGUGAAAGAUAUUCAUGUGACUGAGGUUGUCACUGCUUUUGAGUUUCACCAUCAUCUCCCUUUGGUACUUGUUUGCACACCUUCAGGUGGUAUUAGACUGUAUCGUAUCAACACUAUGAAGACUCCUUUUCGAAUGAAAUUUACCAUCUGGAACAAAAAAAAAUUAUCACAGGCCUUGAAGGCUCGUUUGGGUGAAACAGAAGGUGAAGCAGAAGGACUGUGUGUGGCGUGGGGAUCUGACACAACAUUUGCUGUGGGUUUCUCUGAAGGUUUAGUUCACACUUACAACUAUAUACAUGAACAGCGCCCUAAGCCACACCUUGAGAUUGAGGCACAUAGUGGGCCUGUCAAUGAUAUCGUGUUCUAUAGUUCUCAAGGAGAGCUAAAGAUAGUAACCUGUGGAAAUGACAGACACAUUAAGGCUUGGAAUUCAUCAAAUGGGUUAGUGUACUGGAAAUUGACUCAUACAGCUCCCUUAAAUUCUCUUGCUUUGCACCAAGAUGGAAACAAAGUGCAACUCUUUAUCUUGGAUGUGUUUGGAACUGCUAUGAAACCAAACAUAGGAUAUAACGGACCACUUGAUAGUAAUCCACUUCUUUUCCCUAGUGAUAUGAAUGCUAGGCUUGAACUCAAGUUUAGCGGCGAUGGAAAGAGAUUGUUCUGUUAUGGUCCGGGUGGCUUGGUUGAGGUUGAUAGAGAAUCUUUUGAGACUAGGAGAAAUUACAACAGCGUUAUGAAUCCUCAAACAAAAUGCAUGGAUAUUUGCAAGAAUGGGUAUAUAGCUGUUGGCGAUGAAUAUUGUGUGAAAGUCUGGAAUGUGGACAGUGAUCAUCUUUUCAGAAAGAUCAAGAUAGACGCAGCAGUAUUUCCGGAAUGUCCCAUGGUUAAGUUUAACAGGGAAGGCUCUUUGUUAGCCGUGGUGAGCUCAUUAUGCCUGAGGUUUCUAGCAAACGCUGAUGGAAAGAGUUUGCUUGAACAUGAAUCAUAAACUUACCUCUGUGAUACUUGCUUGUUGAUGCAAAGAGAGAUCUGAUAUGACUUGUGGAAGGCUGGGUGCUGGAGAAGGGAUACAUUUUAGGUAGUGGUUUUGUUGGUUUUGUUAUGUAAGUGGUGGUUAACUGGCACACUAUUUCUGUCUUUAAUUUGCAAGCAAUGCUGCAGUCCCUUUCUAUGAAAUUAGAAGACAUAAGUGAGUGAGACAUUUAAAACAGGGGAAUCAUUUAAUGCAGUGGUCUUUUUUUGGUUUUUUUUUUUUUGUAUGUGGUGGUGAAUUUGCACACUAUCUAUGUGACUAUGUCGUUGCAAGUGGGUUUGGUUUUGGUGGUAAAACGAUUGAAAGAUGAAAGAAAUCACAUUAAGGGAAACA